UGAAGGUGUUUUAGUCUUUAUCAAUGACAACUCGUUCUUUUCAACAUGAUCGCUUUCCCAGCAUUUUAGCGAAUCAAGAGCCAACAACACAGACGUAAAAUGAGAUCAGGCAGAUUUGGGGCGCCGGCUCAGUUUUCUGAUUGGCUAUGCACAGUGAAACCGACACGUCAAAAGGUGCCGAACAUUGCAUAUCAAUUGAAGUUCUUUAUGAGCAGCAAAGUAGGCCACGGAACAGUGAACGUGGAAUCGUAAGCAGCAGCAGAAAUGAACAAUUCAACAGCGCUCCCAGGGACAGCUUCUAGUGGUACACCUUUUAGUAAUCUGCUCUCGCCGCCAGAAUCACUGGGAUUUAAAAUCCCAAAAAUAACAGUAUGCGUCGCGAUUUUGCUUGUGUGUACUGUAGGAAAUACUGCGAUGAUAGGAGUUAUCUUUACCUCAAGACGGAUGAGAUCCUUGGCGGGAAACAUUGUAAUUCUGAAUCUGGCAUUUGUUGAUUUGCUUACACCGAUUAUGAGCAUACCAUUUGAUCUUGUUCUCGAAGAAAAUCACUACAUCUGGCCUUUUGGUUCCAUUCCAUGCAAGUUGUUAUUUCCUACUGCGACGUUCCUCUCUACUGCUUCAGCUCUCACUCUGGCAGCCAUUUCCCUGGAUCGGUACAGAAAUAUUCUGUACCCGUUCAAAUCAAAGCUUUCGAUGGCUCAAGUUAAGUCCAUUGUAAUAACUGUGGAUUUCAUUUCUGUUGCGUUUGUUUUGCCGUACGCGUCCUUCCUCGGAUUGCAAAAUAACUCUUGCACGGAGCAAUGGCCUAAGUUCUUGUACCGUCAGAUUUACACUGUGUUCUUGGCUUCCGUACAAUACGCGCUACCCCUAUUAUUUAUGAUAAAAAUGUACAUCCUAGCAUCUGUACGGCUUUUCGCCGCAGCCGACAGCGUUCGGAAAAUAUCGCUUCCUGUUGCUGAAAGUGGAAAAAAGACAUAUUCCGCUUUCAAAGAAAACCAAACGCGGAAAGAAAGCUUCGUUAUAAGUCAGGAACAAAACGCAAAAGUUACUAAAAUAUUUGUGAUUAUUGUUGUAGCGUUUGCUCUUUGUACCCUCCCCAACCAAGUGUUAUGGUUGUGGAUUGAUUUUGGCAAAGAUGGUGACAUUACUUCCCUGGCCAAAGAAAUCAUCAUUUGCCGGUUUUUCACUUACAUAAACGGUUGUGUUAACCCGAUCAUUUUCUUCGUUUUCAAGCGAGAUUACCGUCAAGGUCUCCUCAAACUUCUUAAGAUGAUCACCAGAAGAAAGUCAGAGACUGAUUUACAACGCAUGCGUAGGAUCUGGGACAAUGUGGAUAUCGGCGGGGUGACGGCGCCAAAGUGUGCAAGGAGAAAUCGAAAUCAGAAUGAUGUAACAUCUUUGUUCGAUUUAUCUGGCAAAACGACACAUUCCUUGGUAUUAAAUAACGAGGACUUUAACAAGACUUAUCCCCCACGAAAGCUCGCGAGAAAAAUGAAUGAAAACAUCCCUGAUUAUACCGAAACAAGAUUUUUCGUUAGAAAGCACCUUUCCAAGGAAAUACCUUCACAACAAAGAUCUACAAGCUUCCAGAAUGUUAAGGAUGCAAAUGAAAACAUUCCAGUGAUACAUUCUGUUUUGCCAGCAACGAGGAACGAAACUGAAUCCCAGGGCAACGUCUCCAAGUAUUUGCCGCAAGAAGUUUCUGAGACUAAAUGCUAAUUUGGGAUUAAUGAAUCAAUCAAUCAAUCAGUCAUUCAAUCAAUCAGUCAAUCAAUCAA